AAUCAAGGGCGAAACAGUACAUUACAACUGCCAUAGUUUUUCCCUAACUGAAGGCGGUUGCUCUUCCUCCUCUGUCCAACCCCCAACUUCUCUGAAACUCCAUUUCUGUGUUUGAGAAGAUUGCAAUUUACGAAAAUGUCCCCGAGAACAAGGAGAGGAGCGUCGCCGAAGUUCGUCAUAGAGAGAGACGAAGAUUCCGAAGAAAGCUCCUCUGACGAAGACGAAGAAAAUGGCGUCGGUGAUUGUGAAGACGAUGAAGUUGAAGAAGAAGAAGAAAUUGAAGAGACCAAGAGGAGAGAGAAAAAACCUAUUACAAUUUCUCUCAAAAAAGUUUGCAAAGUAUGCAAGAAGACAGGACAUCAAGCGGGGUUUCAAGGAGCUACUUAUAUUGAUUGCCCAAUGAAACCUUGUUUCCUUUGCAAAUUGCCAGGGCAUACAACAAUGAAUUGCCCUCAUCGUGUAGCUACUGAGCAUGGUGUGAUUCCAGCACCUCGUAAGAGUACUCGUCAUUCAGUGGACUACAUAUUUGAACGCCAGCUUAGGCCACAUGUUCCUGCUAUCAAGCCUGGAUUUCUAAUCCCGGAUGAAGUGACACGAGCAGUUAUCAGAUACCAUAGUAGACGAGUUACAUGCUUGGAAUUCCAUCCGACCAACAACAAUAUUCUUUUAUCUGGGGACAAGAAAGGUCAACUUGGAGUCUGGGAUUACGAUAAAGUUUACGAAAAAAGAGUUUAUACAAAUAUUCACUCCUGCUUGCUCAACACUAUGAGAUUUAAUUCAGUUAAUGAUGGAACUAUUUAUGGUGCAUCCUCUGAUGGCACCAUUAGCUGCACCGACUUAGAAACUGGAAUCUCGGAGUCGAUGAUGAACCUCAAUCCUAAUGGCUGGAGUAGUCCAAAGAGUUGGAGGAUGCUGUAUGGCUUAGAUAUUAACUCAGAGAAGGGGCUUGUUUUAGUUGCUGAUAAUUUUGGUUAUCUGUACAUGUUGGAUACACGUACCAAGGCUAAAGUAAGGGAGGGUGUCUUGAUUCAUAAGAAGGGUAGCAAGGUUGUUGGGUUGCAAUGUAACCCUGUCCAGCCAGAUCUUCUCUUGAGUUGUGGAAAUGAUCACUUUGCUCGUUUAUGGGAUCUCCGCCGAUUAGAAGCUGGAUCUUCUCUUGGCAAUCUUGCACAUCGCCGAGUAGUAAAUUCUGCAUAUUUCUCUCCGCAUACAGGGAGCAAAAUCCUCACUACAGCACAAGACAAUCGAAUUCGUGUAUGGGAUUCAAUAUACGUCAACAUGGAGUCACCAAGCCGUGAAAUUGUACAUAGCCACGAUUUUAAUCGCCAUUUGACUCCUUUUCGAGCUGAAUGGGAUCCCAAGGAUUCGUCAGAGUCUCUAGUUGUUAUUGGACGUUACAUCAGCGAGAACUACAAUGGCGUUGCUCUGCAUCCUAUUGACUUUAUAGAUGUGACCACAGGGCAAUUAGUUGCUGAGGUGAUUGACCCGAAUAUCACAACCAUCAGUCCUGUAAAUAAACUGCAUCCCAGAGAUGAUGUUCUGGCAACUGGUAGUUCAAGAUCUCUAUUUAUAUGGAGACCUAAGGAUAAAUCCGAGGACGUGCAACAGAAGGAAGAAAAGAAAACGAUUAUUUACUACGGAAAGGCUGACAGUAAACAGAAAAAGAAGCUUGGUGAUGAAAGUGAUGAAUCGGAUGAUGAAUCAUUCAAGUCUAAAGGCAAGAAAUCACAGACAAAGUCAUCUGCCAUAAAAAAGGUAAAGAGGUGAAGUUCCUGAAGUCUUCUGGUAUUCUGGUAAAGAGCUUAACACCAGCACCUCUUACCCUUCAUCAGGGUGCUGGUAUUAAGUGUGUUUUUGAGACCAAAAGCAUGAUGCAUGAAACUUUUGUAUGUUGUUGAAACUGUGUGAACAAGUUUUAUUUCUGUAAAGUCACAUUGGCUCGUUCGAGAAGAACCAGUUACAUUUUGCUGUCGCGCAAAACUAGCUCCUCUUGAAUUGACUAGGUUAGUAAUUAGUACUGAGUACUGACUGUUCUAUGUUGCCUGCUAGCCUCAUCAUUUUGUGUUUACAGAUGGGGUACAAGGGCAGAGCACUGUAAUUGCUGUAUAUAACUAAAGUAUGUAUUUUUCACCUUUCCCUAAUCUUAAACUUGCAUUAAUUUUGAUUA